AUGGGAGACCACCACACACGCUCCCAACCAUUGGAUUUGCACCACCUCUUCAAGAUCCCAAAAACUAAGUCUUUGAAAGACGUGGGCAGGGCUUACAAAUCGCUUGUAUCCAAACGCCACCAUGACAAGAAAACCCCCGAGGAAACAAUAUCACCCUCAGGUUACAAUGAUAAUAAAAGAGUGGACGAAGAAUUUUGCAGUCCUAAAUUUUUGUCAAGAGCUGAAAGUAGUAGAUCUAAAACGCCAACACCAAGAUCAAGGCCUCUCUCAAGACAUGGAAGCAGAAGAUGCACCACACCAACACCUCUAUCAAGAAGUUCUUCAAGUAGAAGGUCUGCCACAGAAAUUGCUGCAACAUCUCUCAAACGGAUUAUGAGCAGAAGAAGCUCCUCAGCUUUAUCAAGGACCAUGAGUACUUUGGAAAUUUCUGAACCUUGGAUUCCCAACCCUUCAACCUCUCCAACAAAAGAUGCAGGUGCAGGCAUAAAGAGCUCCAGAGAAACUGAACAUAUCCCUGCAGUUUCUUUGUCAAGCAAUCUGAGCCGUAGGGCCACCACACCUAUCAUAUUUUCACAGACAACUGCAAGAAGGAAACCCCCAAAAGUUGAGAGAAAACUCAAUUGCACACUUGAGGACUUAUGCUUUGGAUGCAUAAAAAAGAUUAAAGUUACUAGAGAUGUUAUCAAACAUCCCGGGGUAAUUAUCCAAGAGGAGGAGAUUUUAAAAAUUGAGGUGAGGCCCGGAUGGAGAAAAGGAACAAAGAUUACAUUUGAGGGAAUGGGUGAUGAAAAACCUGGAUUCCUCCCUGCUGAUAUAGUAUUUUUGAUUGAUGAAAAGAAACACCUUUUGUUCACAAGAGAUGGAAACGAUUUAGAAAUAUGUGUUGAGAUUCCUCUAGUAGAUGCACUUACAGGCUUCUCCAUACCAAUCCCUCUAUUAGGAGGGGAAAAUAUGAUUUUGUCAUUUGAGGAUAUUGUCAUAUACCCUGGAUAUGAGAAAGCUAUUAAAGGUCAAGGAAUGCCAAACCCCAAAAAUAAUGGGAUAAGAGGUGAUCUUCAUGUCAAAUUCCUCAUUGAUUUCCCCACACAAUUAAGUGAAGAACAACGGAUAGAAGCUGUUAGUAACUUAAAAGAUUGUUGCUAA